AUGGACUUGGUCGUUUCCAGGAGAUGGUCAUUUGAGAUACGGUUUGGCCAAAAGAUUUUACAAAUUCGCCUCAGACAAUUGUGGUGGAAACUUGAGAGCGAUCUCAUAUCUGUUUUUGUUACUCUCCAGCACAGAAGAAGAAAAGAAGGUCAUGGUGUGAUGAAUGAAAAUGGAGAGAGACUGGCAAGUGUGUGUUCUACUAAUGGAUUAGUUAUUGGAGGAACCCUAUUUAAGCAUAAAGACAUACACAAAAUCACGUGGAAUUCUCCAAACAACAGGGACAAAAAUCAGAUUGACCACAUUAUCAUAAAUGGCAAAUGGAGGCGAUCUUUGCUGGAUACCCGAGCAUAUAGAGGAGCAGAUGUGAACAGCGACCAUCAUUUAGUUAUAGCUAAACUCCAACUAAAGCUGAAAAAGGUAACAGAUAAUAACAAACCUGGGAGAAAGAUUCUCAAUGUCAAUCGUCUGAAAGAACAUGAAAUCAAACAAAAGUUUGUCAUCGAACUCAGAAACAGAUUUCGAGUAUUAGAAGAUUUUGAUCAAACUGAAGACAGUUCCAUAGAAAAGAAAUGGGAAAACAUCAAAGAGGUAUAUCAAAACACAAGUGAAAAGAUCAUUGGGUUCCGUAAGAGCAGUAGUAAGCAAUGGUUAACAUCAGACACAUGGAAAGCAGUUGAUGAAAGAGCAAAACUUAAAGAAAAGGUCCUCAGCACUAGGUCAUCAAGGUUAAAAGAACAAACACAGAAAGAAUAUGCAGAGAAAGAUAAAGAGGUGAAAAAAAGAGCUAGGAAAGAUAAAAAGCUUCUCAUAAAUAUUCAUUUAUAG